CGCUUACCAAAUGUCCUGUUAUUGGGGUCGGAGCUACUUCGUCCAUGACCCGUUGAUCUUGUGCCAGCCACCGAAUAGUAAGGUCGCGCAUACAAAACUUUACGAGAAGAAAACAAUAUAUAUACAUUGGAAAUCAAUGUUGAGCUGUAUAUGAGCGCUUGAACCAUUCGAUACGAUACUGCCUUAUUAUUAUCCGCCAAAUAUGCCUUUUCAACGGCGCAUGAAGAUCAUUCUUAUUGCUGUGCUGAGCUUUAUUGUUUUAUUAUUGUACUAUUCGGGCGAAGCCCGAAAGAUCCAGAACCAAAAGUUCUACCAGUCUACGGUGCAGGCGAUUGAAGCGCAAAAGUUGGCCAAAACAUCCACCGAGAAUAACAAUGGCGCCAUACAUAAUGUUAAAUCGAAUCAGAAGCCGGCCGAUGAACAAAUGCUAAAACAACCGGAACCCCCGAAGCAGGAGCCAGCGGUUCCCAAGGUCGAUAACCAGGAAAUGGAGGAGAUCUCCAUCGCAGGAAGGACAAAGAUGCAAGUGCCUAAGAACAAGGACAAAUCGCCGGACCAGGAGAAACCAACAGGGGCUCAGGGUAAUGACGAAGCAAAAGAUGAGCUCAACGGUAUUCUGAAACGAUCGCCAAUCAUCAUCUUCUCCAAAUCCUACUGUCCUCAUAGCGCCAGAGCCAAAUCUAUCCUCCUCGACCAAUACUCCAUUGUUCCCGCACCAUACGUGGUCGAGCUUGAUAAGCACCCCCUGGGAGCAAAGCUCCAGGCAUUGCUAGCAGAGAAUACCGGCCGUCGCACUGUUCCUAAUGUUUUGGUCAAUGGCAAGACCAUUGGAGGUGGUGAUGAUGUGGCGGCCCUUAACGAGAAGGACGAACUGGCUUCGAAAUUGAAGACGCUGGGUGGGAAAUGGAUAGUGGAGGUCAAUCAUAAGUAGACUGGACCGCGCGAGUCGCUACAUAUCACCUUCACUACCCCGUACAGGGGUACUAUAUGACGUUGGACACUGGAGUUCUGGGUAAUGUUUGAUUAAGGAAUCACAUUGGAGCAUGGCUAGGUGUUUAGGAUGUUUAUAUAGUACAUAUCGCAAUCAACAUACCGAAUAUGAUCAUAUCUUGUACUCCUGAGGUAUCCGAGACUGCCUGGUCAAUUUCGAAUAGGAGCUGCAGAAUGAGCCAUGCGCUGUAACUCAACGAGAGUUGAAUAGACAAGCACCAACAAGCCUAGAGAAGACACGAUAAAGAACAAUCAGCAUCAUUGUCCAGAAAUAAAUCCAUCUAUGCGAUGAUCCCAUCUAUCGAAUACUCCGAGAUGACGGAAUAUCCGCCGCA